AUGAUGAAGGGAGCGUCAUCGUUCAGGAAAUGUCACAACAAGACACACACGCUGUGCCUCCGCUGUGGCUCCAAGGCCUACCACCUGCAGAAGUCCACCUGUGGCAAGUGCGGCUACCCUGCCAAGCACAAGCAGAAGCAUAAUUGGAGUGCUAAGGCUAAAAGACGCAACAGCACGGGGACAGGCCGGAUGAGGCACCUCAAGAUCGUGUACUGCACGUUCAGACAUGGACUCUGUGAAGGUACAAUGCCUAAACCCAACAGGGCAGCUGUUGCCGCAUCAGUUCAUCUUGAGAAGAAUUCCAACAAUUAG